AUGUCAAACCGAAAUAUCUCCUACGGCCGUGGAGGCGCAGGCAACAUAACCCGCCAACAAACCACCCCCUCACCGAAGGACUUUGUCACACCCACGAUCAAGCAGGAGGUCUACACAACUGGCCGCGGCGGCUCAGGGAAUAUGGUGCACAACGAUCCCGACCGACCGGAGAUUGCGCGCGAGAGCCAAGACGUCGAGUCACCGCCCCUGCGCGCGCAGCAGAUCCCCCACCACACGGGCCGAGGCGGCGUGGCAAAUGCCUACAUCCCCACACCGGAAGAGGAAGAGCGCGAGAAGAAGAUCCAAGAGCAUGAGGUUGAGCUCAUGCGCGUGCGCACGCAAUCCAAGGAACGUGUGAAGGAGCUUGAACACGAGCGACAAGAGUUGCGGAAGGAGUCACCGUCUACCUAG